GGGGUGCUGCUGGCUGAGGGGGUCCUCAGGCCCCUGUUUACAAAUGUGGUGAGCUCCUGGGCCCAGCCUCACCCAGCAGAGCGUGAGGGGGUGCACUCUAGCCCCUCUUCAGACCCUAAUGGUACCACCUGCGUGCACCUUUGUGGGACUGGGCCCUCCAGACUUCUGAUCGCCUGAGCAGCUGGAGGUCAUUUUGUAAUCUUGUGCAGUGGCCUUGGUGACAUUCUGGGAAAGUUCAGGCCGUGUCGGGGCGGAACCACUGCCUAGAACUUUGAUCGGCGCUGGGGGUGGCUUCCGCUCCCCACAGGCUACACCAGCCUCCCCUCUGCUCCCAGGAAGUGAGGUGGCUGUCCCAGCCCGCUGGACCCUCACGAUGGCACCUGCUGGUGCCUGGCUGUGCUGGGCCUCCCUCCUGUUCCUGGCCAGGCCCGCCCAGCCCUGCCCCGUGGGCUGUGACUGUUUUGUGCACAAGGUUUUCUGCUCUGAUGAGAACCUGGCCACCAUCCCGCCGGACGUCCCCCGGGACACCACAGACCUCGUCUUUGUGGGGGCUGCAUUGCUUGAGGCGGGGCCCCGGGCCUUUGCUGGCAGCCCCAACCUCACCAGUUUGGUCUUCCUCAACACCCAGCUGCAGCGCUUCGGGCCUGACGCCUUCGGGGGGCUGCCCAGGCUGAGGGACCUGGAGGUCACCGGCAGCGCCUUCAACCUCAGCAACGACACCUUCGCCAGUGUGACCUCACUGGGCCAGCUCACCCUGAGCUUCGACUCGCUGGACGCCCUGCCGGAGGACCUGUUCCUGGGCCUGGAUGCCCUGGAGUCCCUGCAGCUGCAGGGCAACCAGCUCCAGACCCUGCCCUGGCGGAUCUUCCAGCCCCUGCGGCAUCUGAAGUCCCUCAACCUGGGGCAGAACCAGCUGGCCUGGCUCCCUGAGGGGCUGCUGCACCCACUGUCCGGCCUGCGGUCCCUGAGGCUCAGUGACAACGAGCUGUCCCAGGGCCUCCCCCUGGGCAUCUUCGCCCACCUGGGCAAUCUGCAGGAGCUCUACCUGAACAGCAACGCCCUCCACGAGCUGCCCCCGGGGCUGUUCUCAGGGCUCUUCCGCCUGGAGCGGCUGUGGCUGCAGCACAACGCCCUCCACCACCUGCCCGACACCAUCUUCUCCGACCUGAGCAACCUGACAGCCCUGAGCCUGAAGGCCAAUGAGCUGCAGGUGCUGCCCGCCGGCCUGUUCACCUACACCCCGCACCUGCGCAGCCUGUCCCUGUCCUACAACUAUCUGGGGGUGUUUGCGGAAGGCGUCUUCGCCAACCUGUCCAGCCUGGAGACCCUCAUGCUCUCCCACAACCGCAUCGAGCGGCUCCCGGCUGGGCUCUUUCGGGACUUGCGGGCGCUGAUCCAGCUGCACCUGGAGAGCAAUAACCUGACGGCCCUGCCUGCCGGGCUCUUCCACAACCUGUCCCGCCUCGAGCUGCUCAACCUGUCCUGGAACAAGCUGAGCACGCUGCCUGAGGGCCUCUUCGACAGCAACUACAACCUCUUCAACCUCGCCCUGCACAGCAACCCCUGGCAGUGCGACUGCCACCUGGCCUGGCUGUCCCGCUGGCUGCGCCUUUGGAACAACCAGCUGCUCCACAGCCGCGCCUUCUGUGCGGGGCCCGCCCACUUGCAUGGCCAGGUGUUUCGCGCCUUGAGGGAGGACCAGCUGGUGUGCCCUGUGUCCGGGUACCCGGGGCUGGACUCCAGGGUGGCCGGGGGAGGCUGGGACAACAGGGCAGCCUGGAGCCGGUGCACCUACAGCGACGCGGAGGGCACGGUGGUGCUGGCCUGUGACGAGGCCCAGUGUCGCUGGCUGAACAUCCAGCUGUCCCCCCGGCAGGGCGGGGGCUUCCUGGCCAUGAUGUUCAAUGCCAGCCAGGAGUGGGACCUGAAGUCCAGCUGUGGCUCUGUGAGGGUUACCGUGUCCCUCGGGGCUCGGGCAGCAGGGCCCUAGGGGCACAGAGCCGCGUGCCUGGGCAGGUGAGGGCAGAGCAGCGGAGGCCUGGCCGCUCCCGGUUCUCAGGUGUGAGGGCUGUGGUUAGGUCUCCAGGGUGGGGCUGAGUCCGGUCCCCUCUCUUCUUCCCUGCUGUCCCGUCUCGGAGUCUGAGGCCCAUUGCCACCCCCUGGUGCCUUGUAAAAGCCCUGGAGAGCUGUUCUGAGGGCAUCAGAAACCCCUCCCCAUCCGUCCCUUCUCCAGGUUUCCUCUUACUUGAUCCUGGUCUGCUGACCCCCACUGGUGUCCCAGACCAGAGGGACUGUCCCACACUGUCCCACUGCUGUCCCACCACCGUCCCAAACACGCCGGAGGCCCCACGCUUCUGAGGCCCAGUUCUAAAGCCAGGUGCUGGUUCCAGUUUCUUUGUUCUGAAGGGACACUGAGGUAAGCAGGGACAGUAGAGGCAGAGGCGGCCUGGAGCUGGGGUGUGGCCUGGAUUCCUGUGGCAAAUCGCAUCCCCUGUCCAUCUCUGCUGCAUUCAGGAGAAACCGAGGCAAGGUGGCACCUUGGGAGGGUUAGCACAGUCCAGGCCUUCAUGACCUGAAGCCCCAGAGGACAGUAGUUUCUUCACCAGGUGGGCACCAAGGUGGCGGCUCCCUGAGAGGGAGAAGAGGCCCAGGGAGCAGGGAAGGGGUGGUGGGGGUGGCCUGCUCUGGUUCUUGGCUUGCUCCUGGCACCUGCUCCUGUAGGCUCCUUUGCUGGAAUUGUUCUCCCUCGUUUUGGGGGCUCCUCUGCUGACCCAGCCUUGCUGCCACUGUUUCACUGUCCCUCGGCUGCCACCUGCACCCGGCCUCCUCGGGGCUCCCCAUCUCCGUGUGGGGCUCCCUACCGGUGUCUGAGCCAAGCUCUGGCCCUACUCCUCCUGGGUCCCCACGCAGGACCUGCAGGCCCUGGCCAAGCAUUUUCCUGGCCCUCCUCCGCUCCUCUCAGGGCCACCCCCAGCUUCCAGCUCACCUUCUGCUUGGUGCCCCGGACUAGACCACGGCCCAGGCUUCCUGGGCAGCCAGGCUAGGUGGAGGGAGAGAUGGCCCGAGGUACAGCAGCUGCCGGCAGCUCACAGUCCGGGGAAAGCACAGAAGAAAAUGCGAAGCAGGGCUCUCAGGGAGUCCUGGAGAACCAGAGACCAGGGCCGAGCUCAGCAGAGGGCACAGGUGACCUGGGCAGGAGGGCUGGAAACCCGUGGGGCUGGGCCAGGCCAGGCUGCCCAGGGGGACAGGGCUGGGAGCUGGGCCCUGACUCUGCGGUUCAGUAAGGGCACUUGGCUGUGGGUGCAAGGGGAGCGCCCCUGCCAGUGCAGGGUCGGUGCAGGGCCGAGGGCAGGCGGGGCCUCUGCGGUUGCUGCCUGGCCGGAGGUGACAGCCCAGCCGCACACCCAGCUGGGUGGGAAGUCCCGACCACGAGCCGCAGAAAUGCAGCGGAAACAGUGGGGCGGUCACUGUGGAGAUUCCUCAGAGCCAGAAUGAGAAACUCCAUUCCACCCAGCUAUUCCCCUUCUAGGUAUUUUCCCAAAAGAGUCAAAGGCAUCCUAUUACAGUGAUCCAUGCACACCUAUUUUUAUAGUAGCACAAUUCCUAACAGCUAAGUCUUGCAAGUGGCCUAUCUGUGCAUCAGCAGAUGAACGGAUAAAGAAAAUGCGACACGGGAAUACUACUGUGCCGUAAA